GUUUCACACACACUGGGUAGCCGGCACACGGACACGGUACACUUGUGCAGCCAGGUUGGCGCCGGAGGAUUUAACCGCCUGUCUGCUCUGCUCUCCUCCCCUCCCGCGACCAACCCCAGUCCGACCGGAUCGAUUCGUUCGCCUGCGGAGAGCAGCGCAUCCCGGCUCCCGCUCACCCGUCGAUCGAUAUCCAUGGAAUCGGAGCGCGACGGCGAGGAGCAGCGCCGCCCCCUCCUCUCCGUUCCUGCAGCGGCGGGGCAGCAGAACCAGCUGCAGUACCAAUACCUGGGGCGAAGCAGCUCCUCGGUGCUGCGCGGCGGCGUCGGGUACGGCCCGGAGGUGAGCGUCGACGAGGUCAGGUCCGCCGCCUCCUUCUCCUCCUCUGGCUACUACGCGACCCCGGUCCCGGGUCCCCACGGCGAGGACGUGUAUCCCUACCCGCCGUCCAUCCACAGUGCCGUACUCUCCCCCUCCCCAACGCCUGCCCCCGCGUCCCCGCAUCCGCACGAAGGGUUGGCGAUUGUUCCUCAAGGGCCGUACCCGUACGGUGGUAGUUACCAGCGUUCUGAGGGCGUCGGCAGGGACGAACUGGAUGAGGUGGAGAUCUGGCAGCUGCUUAUUGAUCAUGUUGGGCAUCGAUGCUGUUGGGGAAGUCGGCCUGCUCGCACAUGGAAAAUUACCUCCAUUGAGGACUGCAAUGUCUGUGUUGGGACUUUGGAAACCUUCAUAGAGGAAAGGGACAUCUUAACAAAAAAGGAACCCUAUGAAAGUGGGAAAGUAGAUGGAAGAGACAAGGGUCCUGUGCUUGGAGUGUGGGAACUAGAUUUGAGGUCUGAGUUCCCUCUACUUUUUGUACCAGAGAAAGAAGUAAUGGUCAAGAUUCCUCAUUCAGAAAUUAUUGAAAAAUGCUUAGAUUGUGAGGGUCGUGGAGAGGCACCAUGCCCUACUUGCAAUGCUGGUCAGGAGCACGGGUUUUACAAAGCAAAUCAGAUGACUCGAUGCAGUGCGUGCCAUGGGAGAGGUUUACUUGCGCACCAAGAUGGAUCUGAUACAGUAUGUGGGAUGUGCAGUGGUAAAGGAAUGUUGCCGUGUAUAGCCUGUGCAUCGAGUGGCUUGGUUACAUGCAAAACAUGUACUGGAUAUGGUUCCCUUCUUGCACAAAGCAUCGCUCAUGUUCGAUGGAAGACGCUAUCAGCAAGAAAAGUUAGUGCAACUAGAGGGGCCGCCUCAGUCCCUGAAGAAGUUUUUCACAGAGCCAAAGGGGUGCAACUAUGCAACAUACAGGCAUAUCAGUGCACUCCUGCUUUCUUUGCUGAUUCUUAUCGACUGAACCAGUUCUCCUCAGAAGUUGUUGCUAGUCGGCUGCCAGUUCCGCCGUCAGCAAGGGUCAUUUCCGAGAGACACAUCGUUUCAGUUGUGCCUGUAACUCGUGUUACAAUGGCCCAUCGCAAGCAGUCUUUUAGCUUCUAUGUCAUUGGCUACAGCAGGGACGUGUUCAUAAGGGACUAUCCUACCAAAUUCUGCUGGGGCCUCUGCUGUUGCUUCGAGUGGCUGCAGAACUAGAUGUACUUCCUGGAAUGAAUGUCCUUUGAGUGUGCAGCAUUUCAUAGUACAAAAGGUUGUGUGCGAAGGGAAUUAAAAUGAGCAUUACCAUUUGUGAUAUUUUCGAUUACAGAACCAAGUAUAGCAUCAUUGUACCUAUUAUUCUGUGAAUAAAAUGGUGAUUCCAUCCCAGGUGUAAUGUAAACUAUUCUGAAAUGGUUUAUUGUUCAGACUUAAGAUAUGUUCAUUGUGGUCUCAUUUUUCA